AUGGACUCUCAGAGGUAUCUCGAGGCCCAGACAAGACUCACCGACCUGUUCUUGCCUGAAUUAGCCCGAGCAACUUUGCCUAAUCUGGAUGUUAACUUCAACAACACUCGCCAAUUCGAUGCCCUUCUACGAUACCUAGAAUUAACUGUUCAAGUGCCUAUCUUUAUGGUGAUUCCAUCUACCAAUGUGCUCCAUAUACUACUAACAUUGAGCUGUCGAUGUUCAACGUCCAAUUGGACCCACAAGGUAUCGUCUUUGGAAGGAAUUGCUGGAUCAACAGAAUACAUGAAGCAGGUCAAUGCCGAUUAUGAUCACACACUAUACAAGUCACUGAUUCUGGAGCGGAGUCGACGAAUCUUGGAGAAGUACAUACAGUUGAUAGCAGAUGGUGACCUGACUGCUCUUGUUGGUUUGAAUUCUCAUUUACACAAGGUGGUACUGACGUUGUUGCCGACUUCAUUCAUGUCGUUCUUUUCUCCUAGAAAAGCAGGAUCUAACGAUUCAAGAGAGCACAUCAAAAAGCUGAAAAAAGCAAGUAAAGCGGAUCCUGAACCUGAAUUACCCGCUUCUCGUGUGGAUUUGUUGGGUCUGCCCAAACAGGCUGUGGUGGAAUUCAUUUCUGACUCUGAAGAAUCCGACAGCAUUCUAGAGGUAGAGCAGCCCCAUGAAGUUGCUUCCAAAUAUCGCCAGUUUGGACUUCCCCUACGUAGCAUCACAUCAUUAUCGGAUUUGGGCAAUAAGACGUCGGGUCUAGGCGAAACAACACUGCUAUUCAAAAACAUGCCUCACCUUCUGGCAAAUGCCACUCCAGAACCAGAAGAAACGUCGAAGCCGAACGCAAAACGUUCCAGAGUAUCUGCCAAUCCCAUGGAUACAAUUCAUGUCUAUGAUGAGCCGUUGCUAGCGAAGAAACUUCAAACGUCUGAAACCUUCGAUAUUUGGAACCUUCUACGGUGGAUGUUUGACUGUGCUGAUUCCGCAUCUCAGUAUCAACGUUUUCUCUUCAAUUCUUCUCAAACCAACGUUCAUUGUAUCUAUGUCACUUACGAAGGUUUUUUCAAGAUGCUCUUCAACUACUUCGCAGUAGAUUGCCAGAAACCAUCAAGUAAGAACCGUUUUCUACUUGAUCGACUUCUUGCACUUCUAGGGCCAAAGCAGGACUGGUACGAUCGUGCAGUGGAGUAUGUGUUUACGGGUCUCGGAAUUCCAACCAAUUCGAAGUGUUAUCCUUGCUAUGACAGAGAAAGGCUCUUAAUCAAAUAUGAUCCAGCUAUUCUGAUUUCCAGAUGCAAGCAGGUGAUUUCUUUUACAGAUAAUCACCGCUCAAUGGAGCUACGCUGGCUAAUCCUGUGUCUCUUGUAUGUUCACGGUCACCUUCUGGCUUCAAAUGUGGAGGAUUUGGUAGCAAAUUUGACUUCAAAGUUAGCCGAGGUUGAGAUGGAGUAUUUGGCGGUAUAUUUCCGUUGUUUCAAUAUGACGAUACAAAAUGUUCCCGUUGAACUCAUCCUUGAGUUCGAAUGUGUACUUGUGAAUCUGUUGCUUGGUAAAGUCACGAAUUUGAAGUUUCCUAGUUGGGUUCAAGAAGCGAAGAUGGAAUCAAACGUUAAAAAUGUGUGUGAGACACUCACCAGCGAGCGUCUUUUCUCUAGCAUCUCUGACGAUCUCAGCUAUAAAAGCUUUGCUGAAUUUAAGGAUAAAUGGACGAAGGUAGAGUUUCUCGUCUCAUGGAUGCUAAACAAAAUGCUCAUGGAGGUUAUGAAAGCAGACCUACAAACGCAGUUCCGGAUCAUAUUGAAGGCAGCACGCCAAGCAGACGCUAAUUCUACACGGUUUUAUUAUGAAUUCCUCGACAGUCGAUCGGAGGAUGCAGACAUUCGAGCGGAAGAUAUAAAUUUUGAGCUCUCCACCGAAGAAGUCAGCAACUACAAGCGUGGCCACAAGAGUGUGUUCCACCUCAUGGCAAAGACGGCGUUGCAUCGCUCAGAUAAGCCUAUAUUUGUAUUUUAA